AAGCCCGGCGACCCUGCGUCCGGCGGAGGUGAAGACCGAAGAGUUCCGGUUGCGGAGGCUUCCGUGUUCCGUCCCUCGUUCCCCCUUCCGCCACCGGGCUCCGGCGUGAAGCCAAGGGAAUUCCGGUCAGUCUGUAGUUCUAGAGACACAUAUUUCACAUCCUAUGCCAUGGCGUCUUUACUUUGUUCCCAAAUAAAAUUAAGCAAAGCAUUUGUUAGGAGGAAUGUUGCUGAGAAUGGACAAGUAAGCUUGGCAAGGUCUCUUCGCUGGAACCCUUUGCAAUCAGGCCAUUUUGAAAAUCUUGUGUUGCGAUGCGCCAAGAAUUUGUCUUGGGAGUCUUCCCUUCCAUAUGCUUCCAUGGAGGAUGAUGCCAGCAUAAUCAAGGGUCCAAAUGUUAUUGAACCUAUUGAUACAGAAGAAGCUCCAGAGAUUCCGAUCUUCCAGAGUAAUCAAGAUGUGGUGGAGGUGAAGAACGAACCUUCCAUGCAGCUAACAGCGUUCAAACUGCCAAUGUGGCUGAUAGGGCCUUCUAUUCUGUUGGUUACGGGUAUAGUUCCAACUCUAUGGCUGCCAUUGCCUUCAGUUUUUCUUGGUCCUAACAUCGCUGGCCUUCUAUCUCUAGUUGGACUUGAUUUCAUUUUCAACAUGGGAGCAAUGCUUUUUUUCCUUAUGGCCGACGCAUGCGGUCGCCCAGAGAACAAUAUUUUCGACCUGAAAAAGCAGGUCCCAGUUUCCUAUAGGUUCUGGAAUCUGACUGCUAGCAUAGCAGGCUUUAUUGCUCCAUUUGCCCUGUUUUUUGCAUCUUGUAGGGGCACUCUGCAGCCACAGCUACCAUUCAUUCCAUUUGCAGUGCUGCUUGGACCAUAUCUUUUACUCCUGUCGGUACAGAUGUUGACUGAGAUGCUUACAUGGCGCUGGAAAUCGCCCGUAUGGUUGGUGGCUCCUGUGGUUUAUGAGGGCUAUCGAGUACUACAGUUGAUGAGGGGACUUCAGUUGGCUGAUGAGAUCAGUGCGCCUGGCUGGAUGGUGCAAAGUCUUCGUGGCUUGGUAUCUUGGUGGGUACUCGUCCUUGGAAUCCAAUUGAUGCGCGUUGCUUGGUUUGCUGGACUCAGCUUCACCAGGAAUUCAAGGUUUGGGGUCAGUGAUGAUGUGAACCAGUAAAUAAGAAAACAAAAUUCCCAGUGUGUUUCUGGCACCCAUGAUAGUUCCAACCACUACGGCGCUCUUCAUGUUGAGGAUGGCACGUUUUUAAUUGCUAGACGGCGUGCUGUGUACAGAAAGGCCUGAACAUCGUCGAAAACCUGCAAGGCACCUUGCCUUGGGUAAAUAGUGCGGCUACUCUUAUCCAGGAGCAGGAACUAGGCCAAGAUACUUUGAAUUGUAUAACUCCUGUAGUGCAGGAGCUAGACCAUUUUACUGAGCAGUGAGCAUCAUACUGAACACAGAAACAUCACUGUGUAACAAAUAUAAAAAUAUUUACUUACAUCACCCAGAAGCCA